AAAACAUGCGAGUUAGGAAACUUUCAAUGCGGAGAUGAGUCCUGCAUACCCCUGGCCAAGCGAUGCGAUCGUAACUACGACUGCAUAGACCUGUCCGACGAAGACCAAUGUGACCUGCCCGAACUAGCCGUAAUGCAACGGUAAAGUAGACUGUCCAGGCGGAACUGAUGAAGUUGGGUGUGACUUCCACUGCGCACCUCUGGGCUUGUAUCCCUGCAAGCAGGAGCUCAUGUGUGUCACCAGGCAGCAGAUGUGCAACGGACGAAACGACUGCGCCGAUGGUUCUGAUGAAACCAUCGAGGCCUGUGAGAAGGCCAACAAGACUUUCGAGCUCAAAGUAUCAGCAUAUCCAGUGACAGCGUGUAGUAAUGGCUUCCUUUGUGGUAAUGGACAAUGUGUAGAAUGGGACCAAGUCUGUGACGGCAAACACCACUGCGAUGACCAUACUGAUGAAAAUAAUCUAUGUGCUGUUCCGUGCCACACGAGCACAUGUACAAGGUUCUGCCGCCAAACACCACGCGGUCCACAAUGUGUGUGCCCACACGGCUACACGAAAGUCGGCGAGACUUGCACCGAUAUUGAUGAAUGUAAGGAAGAUGUUUGUUCUCAUGUUUGCCAUAACAUGGAUGGGUCGUAUAGAUGUUCAUGUUAUUAUGGAUAUGCUUUGCGGUCAGAUACUCAUUCUUGCAAGUCAGUAUACGGCGGUGGGUCUGUGCUUUACACUAGGGGUAACACAGUCUGGUCGAUGUCUUCAGAGUUCAAACAUCGAAUGGAGUAUACGCAUGGAGAUAAAGACUUCAGCGAUUUGGACUACGACUAUAGAAAUGACAAGUUGUACCUAUCUAUUAGCACCCCUGGACAACUGCUUGAAAUCAACGGGACCACGCAAGGUGUGACUGGUAACGAUAUCGUCAACAUGGGAACUCCAAUCAUGAUAUCGUAUGACUGGAUAUCAGAGGUAUUAUUAUUUGUGGAUGCUACACCUGGAGCCAGCUAUAUUAAAGCAUGCACGUAUAAGAGAAAAGCCUGCGCUAAUUUACAAAGAUUACCUUCAAAUUCCCGGGUAACAUCUCUGGUCGUUGAUCCCGGCAACCAUCUUAUGUUCUACUGCAUAUCGCAGUCUCAGGACAGUAUUAUACGUUCGGCUUCGCUCAGCGGCAGAAAUGUGACCGACUUGGCAACAGGUGGAAACUGUAGCGGGUUAGCCGUUGACAGUUUCGCAAGAAAGUUGUACGUUAUGGGUCCUGGGGCAUUGUUGGGAAUAGACUACGAUGGCAAGAAUGUUGUCACUAUCCACAAGAACAACCCACAAAUCGAGGCACCGCACAAACCAACUAUAUUUGAGGACCACAUUUAUUACCUCGACAAUUUUAGACUCAAACGGUGCUUACUGUACAACAAUUUUGAAUGUGAAGUUUUCCGAAAUCUCACCGCUGUUUCAUACAUCAUACGCCAAGGAAGUGUCCAGAGAGACGACGUAGUCGAUCGAUGUAGGGACGCACCGUGUUCGAAUGUGUGCGUGACCGAAGCUACAAGCGCCGCUGUUUGCGUCUGCCAAGAUGGAACUUUGUCUAGCGACGGAAGCUGUUUAUUGUUGAAAUAUAAAGAGCUUCCUCUUUUCAAUGGAAAAGCGACCCAGGCGUACCGAAAUAAUUACAUUACGAAUGUCAUUGUAAUAGUAAUUGUAAUACUGCUGUCCGGUUACGGGCUGGUAUUCCUUCAUCAUUACUACAUCAGGUGGCAGAAGAAUCGCAGUAAUUAUGCGCAAGUGAGAUUUUACACCUCGAAGAACGAAGACAGGCUAUUAGGUGACUCCUUUGUAGAAGUUCCCACACUGGGUGGCACGAGACACGAAUUUGUCAACCCCCUACAGUAUAUGCGAAACAGAUGGCAAGAGUUUAGCAAAAGCAAACCCAUUGUAAGUUAA